GCAGAGCAGAAGAGAGCAAUCUUCUGGGUCUUUCUCUCUCUCUCUGCUCAUUUCCUUGCCUUCUCUCUUCUUUGAGCUUUUUCCCUCUUUUCUUAGCUUUAGCCAACGCUGCCCAUUUGAAAAGAAAACCCAACCUUUUCUUAAAGCAAGCAAGAAAAGGGAAAAAGCUCUGCCAUAGAGAAAUAGGUACACAGCAAUAAAGAAAGGAAAAGGCUUAGCAUUGUGGGAAUCUCUCUCUCGUCCUGGUGCUGUGCCUACUUCUUUCAUGUUUUCUUCUCCCUCCUUUUUUUUCCCUCUUUUUCACACACUAGCACCUCUCUCCUUCUCUCUCUACCUGUAACUUCCUGAGAUUGGUCAUGGAUUUUGGCAUGAGCUAAUGUCCAUUUCUCUAUGGGUUUUUCGUGUGGAGAUGGAUCUGAUAACCAAGAAGCCAAAGUUCCAUUGAGGCCUGAUAUUGAAGAGUCAGGGGUUGAAGAAGGUGUAGGCAUGAAGGGUUGUCAUGGGUUGAAACUGGAUCUAGAGUUCAAGCCAAUAGAGCAUCCGGUAGAGCCACCUGAUGAGGACAGGCCUGUCAAAUGCCCAUUGCCUGGCUCUUCAGUGCCAAAUGAUGUACAAAUGCAGGUGGACCGGCUUGCCGAAAGCUUGAGGAAGAGGGGAGAACUAUCAUCUGAUAUGAAUGAAGAAGAAGGGAUGUUGGUGGUGGCCAUUGAGCCUCCAGCUCGAGCUGUGCGGAAGAGGCAUCAUACUCUCACUCGCAACCAUUCAAUACCUCCCCUGUUCAAUAGAGCUCCUCUUCCCCCUUUACCAAAUCGGAAUAGUACAAUCUUCGAAAUGCUUCAACAGUGUGAUGAGUAUGAACCCAAUCAAGAUAUGCAAUAUUAGAUGAUUACAAUUUCCACAUAGCUUCUAUAGAUACAGAUAUGCCCAAAUUAAAAUUUUCAAUCUGCUAGUAGGAAAGACUUGAAAUGUCUCUGGGGAUAAGUAUUCUGUAGGAUAUCUGGAAAACAUUAUAUAGCACAAUGUGAAGGGAACUGAUUACUUUAUACCUUGAUGUGUUAUAAUCAAACUUGAAACCUGAUCAUUAUAACUGUUGCUCUCUCACAAUUCUACAUAUUCAUUGUUUUUGGCAA